UCAAUAAGGUGAUGCGAUUUUGCUUAGUUGGCACGACAUAUUAGGUCUAUUGUCAAAUGGCGCAUUAUCAUACGAGUUUUGGUUUCACUUCGAAUGAAUUUGAUUAGAAUAGUUCUUUUAUGCAAUGAUUGGAUUAAAGAUAAUAUUAAAAAAAAAGCUUAAGCACACUAUGCAUAUGAAAUAAACAAUUAUAUAUAUAUUUUUCUUUUUGAAAGAAAUUAUAUAUACAUAGCAUAGCAUAAUGCAUAAUAAUAGAACUGAAUCUAGGCCUCUAGGGUUGACAAACUGACAACUCCUACUUCAUUUCAAAAUAACUGAUAUUGAUAAAUAUUCAAGAGAUUUAUUUACCAUAACUAAUAUAUCUUCUCAAAAUCUUUUAAUCCCCUUUCACAUCUUUAGAUUAAUAUUAUUAAUAAUUAUUUCAAAGAAUACCAUAAAAAUAUUUCAAAAAAAAAAAAAAAAUAAUAAUAAUAAUAAUAAUAAUAAUAAGCUAAAGAAAAUAAUCCUAACAUAAAAUUUCCACAAUCAACCCUAAAAACAUUUUGUGAAACGGACCCUCCCCUCAAAAAAAAAAAAAAAAAAAAAAAAAAAAAAACGGACGUCCCGGUGUGCAUGGGGGGAGAUCUAAUAAGUAUAAAAAUUUUGGGAUCCUUUUUUCCUUUUUAUGAGUGUAACAAUUUUGAGAUCCUUAAUGAAAGCCAAAAACAACUCUACUUAGCUACCUCGUCAACUACUAUAAAUACUAUUUUUUUUUUUUUAAUAAUGUUUUACUGCUCAGAUAAAAUUCUCUUCACUAUUCAGUAGUGUGUGUAUCUGUUAAAGAGAUUGAAAAAAGAAAGAUGAAGAACAUAAUAAUUCUUCUGUUAAUUAUAAACUUUGGAGUAACAUUGAUCCAGGGAUUAAACGAUGAUGGAAGAAAGUCGUAUAUAGUAUACAUGGGGGAUAUAUCACAAGGGAUAGAACGACUAGCUGUGGUGAAGCAUCAUCAUAGCUUGCUUGCUGAAGCCAUCGGAGAUGAAAGUAUAGCAAGAGUAGCUAAGAUACACAGCUAUGGGAAGAGUUUUAACGGAUUCGCAGCGAGAUUAUUACCUCAUGAAGCAAGUAGAUUAUCAGAGAAAAGAAAUGUUGUAUCAGUAUUUCCAAACAAGAUGCGGAAACUUCUCACAACAAGAUCAUGGGAUUACUUGGGAAUGCCUGAAGAUUUGAGGCAACGGAAUAAUCAAACAGAAAGCAGCAUCAUUCUUGGCCUCUUGGAUACUGGAAUUUAUAUCGAUGCUCCAAGCUUUAGUGACGAAGGAUAUGGUCCUCCCCCGUCCAAAUGGAAAGGAACAUGUGAGAAAGGCCUAAAUUUCACCGGAUGUAAUAGGAAGGUGAUAGGAGCAAGGUACUACAACCUAGGACCAGACAUCGGAAUGGACCCAACCCCAGUCGACACAGAUGGGCAUGGAACUCACACAUCAUCGACAGCUGCAGGAAGAUCAGUGAACGGUGCAAGCCUAUUCGGGGUAGCUGAAGGAACAGCACGAGGUGGAGUGCCUAAUAGCCGCAUUGCAAUGUAUAAAGUGUGUGGCAACUUUGGGUGCUCGGACAUGAGUUUGUUGGCUGGUUUCGACGAUGCAAUUGCUGAUGGAGUGGACAUCAUCUCGAUCUCAAUUGGUGGUCCAACAAAGAACUUCAUGGACGAUGUCGUAGCCAUAGGGUCCUUUCAUGCCAUGAAGAAGGGGAUAUUGACAGUUUGUGCAGGAGGGAAUGAAGGACCUGAUGAAGGGAGUAUAAGUAAUGUUGCCCCUUGGGUGCUGACGGUUGGUGCCACUAAUGUUGAUAGGGAAUUCAGGACUGUGGUUGAGCUUGGAAAUGGCAUGAAACUACAAGGGAUGUCAAUCAAUACAUUUUCACCUAAGAAAACCAUGUAUCCUUUAAUAAGUGCUGCUUCUGCGUUUAACGGCACCGAAAGUCCUUUCACCAAUGUAAGCAUGUGUGAUGCGGGUACUUUGUCGGAGAGUAAGGUAAAGGGGAAGAUAGUGUUGUGUUUGGGGUUAUCAUCUGCUGAUUGGACGGUGAGAUCGAGCCAUGGAGCUGGCACUAUCAUUGCUCUUGAUGAACUUCAAGAUAUGGCCUCCACCACUCUCCUCCCUGCUUCUUUUGUUUCUGCCGAGGAUGGUCACCUCAUUGGCGACUACAUAAACACGACCAAGUCACCACAGGCUACCAUAUACAAAACAGUAACUCUUAAGACAACAAAAGCACCUGUGGUUGCUUCAUUUUCAUCAAGAGGUCCCCAACUACUAGCUAGGAACAUCCUCAAGCCUGAUAUAAGUGCACCUGGGAUGGAUAUUCUUGCUGCUUACUCAAAACUGGUGUCCAUCACAAACGAAAACUUAGACAAUCGUUUCAGCUAUUUCAACAUCAUCUCCGGAACUUCCAUGGCUUGCCCUCAUGUCGCCGGUGCAGCUGCCUACGUCAAGACGUUCCAUCCCGAUUGGUCGCCUGCCGCCAUCAAAUCCGCUCUCAUGACCACUGCUAAACCAGUAAACGGCAAUGGCACAGAGAACCCAUUGGACUCAGGAUCCGGGUUGAUCAACCCUGUUGCUGCAGUCCAUCCGGGCCUGAUCUAUGACCUCUCAGGGAAUGAUUAUAUUCGGUACCUAUGCAGGGAAGGGUACAACGGAACCACCUUGUCACUCAUCCAAGGGUUGCACAAAAAGGUUCAUUAUAACUGCUCGAAAGUCAAGCCUGGCCAGGGUGCCGAUGGCCUGAAUUACCCGUCGUUGCACGUACAACUUCCCACCAGUGACACGAAAAUUUCAAAAGUUUUCCAUCGGUCUGUGACUCAUGUGGGAUACGGACCUGCAGUUUACAAGGCCACAGUGACAUCACCCAGGGGUUUAGCUAUCAAAGUCAUUCCUGAUGUGCUGACAUUCACAAAGCCACACCAAAAACAGUCCUUCAAGGUUCUGGUCCAAGGGACUAUAACUGAUGAUACGCCUUAUACUCUCUCUGCAUUCUUAGAGUGGAAUGACUCCAAGUAUAGAGUCAGAAGUCCUGUUGUCAUUUACAGGUCAAUAGUCUAAGAAAAUGGAUCGUCUGAGCCUCUACUUAGGAGCGUUAAUUUAGGGGUCGCGGUCUCAUUGAUUGAACUUCAUUGGUUCUUUGGUGCUAACUAGUCGCGUUUUCGUUCAUUUGUCACCUGUAAAUUUGAACUUGCAUUGGCAAUACUACAUGAAAACAGAAAAAAGCACUAACCCAGCUGUAAAUUUGACCUUGUAUUGACUUUUACUAUGUGAAAAGAGAAGAAACCACCAACCCAUAACAUGAAAACAAGACGACGACAACACGAUAUAGAGCCUGCAAAGGUCUAGAUCUGGUCAGUUCCUAUGUAGCAUUGGGCAAUGGAAACGUUCCGUACAAACAUCUCAAGUUUCAGCCACUUUCGGGCUUCAUUAGCAUAAAAACGACUACGAUUUCAAAAAUGAAAACAUUAUAAAAGAAGAAAAACCUUGGGCUUCACUUCUAUGCAGUCUUGCCCAUACAUGAUGAAAGCCAACAUAACAAUAUUUCUUGAAAACAGCCUGCUAGUAGUACAGAUCAAUUUACAAACUACUAAAAUCCUAAGAAUUUCAGCCACAUACUUGCUUCAAGUGAUCUUGAACUCUCCCUUGUUUUGAUGAAAGCCUACAAAACAAAAUGGUUUCCCCUUACUAAAUGCUCUUUUAGCCACCAACAGAAGCAAGUAACUACCAACCAUUGUAAGCCACUGGAGUCUUAUCCAACCAGCAUGGUACACCAUUAUGUCUUCACAGCCUUGUUCAACCAACCGUGCGCAUCAUUAGGUCCCCUGUCGUGCAUGGCUCUGAGGGGGGUGAAAGUAUAUUCCCUUUAAAAUGAGAAUAAAACGUCCAUCACUGAGUUAGAAAUAAGUAUAAGGAACAUAUAAGUUCAUAUCUUAGCCAUUUUCUCGCCCAAACAGAUGGCAGUGGAGGCGGCCCUUCAGUUUCAUCAACUCCUUCCGCUUUCUCCUGGCCUCUGCUCCUGCAACUGUACUACUCUCUUUAUUCUCCAAAGUGCGCUCUUUUUUCUUUUCUGGUGUAGUAUCAAAAUCGGGCUUCAGUUGAGAAUGUGGAGUGAUACAAUCCUCUCGCUCUAAGGAAAACCUACCUCUCGAGCAGCACGACAAUGGACUCCUCUUAUCUUCUGGCAUAACCACAGAACAGUUGUGUAGGCAACGAAUAACUGAACACGGACUAUGAGCAUGUUUAGAAUCAACAGAACUGCCUUCGUCUUUAUCUUUCAGAAGGAAAGAAGGAAGUUGGUGGUUCCCGUUCUUUAUGCUGGAUACCGGAAGCAGCACUGGACAGGGUAAUAUACACCAGG